AUGAGUAAAAGACCUUUAGGUCCCGGACCCGGCGCUUACAUGCUGCCACCCACUGUCGGCUACGAAAAUCACGAUAACCGUAAACAGCGUCUGCCGCAGUUCUCAAUGGGCACACGCGCAUAUAGGCACCAGAAACUAAUCGGGCCAGGGCCGGGAGCCUAUAAUGUGGACACAUUGACGCGUUACGGCGUAAGCCGUGGCAAUGAAUUUACGAUCCAGGGUAGAACAUAUGUGAAAGAAAAGAAAAUUGGUCCAGGACCGGGAGCACACGAUGUACAUCGAAAACCAUUUUUCAAGGGCACCAAUGCGCCAGCCUACUCAAUGUCUUGGCGAAAUGCUUACAGCUUUAAGAGCUCCACUCCCGGGCCCAAUGCAUACGGCGUGGAUGUGUCACCAAUUAAACCAGGAUUUCCUGCAUACAGCAUGGGCGUGCGGCAUCGUUUAUCUGGCAAACCAGCUUCGCCAGGACCUGCAGCUUAUGGUGCAGGAAAUCUUUCCAUAAAACUACCACGUAGCCCCGAGUACUCAAUUUCCGGGCGUAGUCCGUACGCCUUUAAACGAAUUGGUCCUGGUCCAAACUAUUAUGAUCUAAUGUAUUACCGUCCUGGCAAAUCGGGACAAGCAUACUCAUUCGGCAUACGUCACAAUGAAUUUGCGCCACCAAUGAUUGUUAAGUGUGACAACAUGUAAUUGCAAUAUUGAAA